GGGGGUUGAACGGUUUCGAUCUGAUAGCCGCAGCUGCCCUCUCGCGACGUCGCGACGACCCUGCAGCCCUGUUCGCGUAGUUGGUUGGGGAGGUCCGGAGGGGAAGGCUGGUUCGGUUUUGCAUGCGCGGGCGACGACGUUGAUGUGCUUCGAGCUGGCGGACCAACGUGGACCGCAGCACGGCGGCGGCGGGGGCUGGCCGGCGAAGCAGAGAGCGGGCGGCGGGCAGGACGACGAGGGGAUGGCGGCAAUGGCGGCCGGCGGCCCCGGGGCGGCGGUCAUGUCCGAGUACUACCAGGCGCAGGAGCUGUCAACGAUGGUGUCGGCGCUGACCCAGGUCGUGGCGGGCGGCGCCGGCCCGUGGGGCGAGGCGCCGGCGUCGUCUUCCGCGCGGGCCGGCACCGCGCCGAGGGGGAGCGCCGCCCCGGAGCAGCAGGCAAUGCACGGCGGCUACGCGCACGAGGUGGGGAGCUACCACGGCGCGCCAUCGCCGGAGCUCGCAGGUAACUAACUAACCAACCCGGCCAACUCGUUUGCUUCCUCCCAGAAGCUUUUGUGCGCGCUAGCUCCCGCUUCUGCAGCUGUCUCGUUGCUUACCGCCAAGCUUUAAUUUUGCAUGCUUUCGAAGUUUGAACUGUUGUUUUGUUACAAGUACCACCCAAAGUUUAGCAUGCUUGUUUUUUUCCAUGUUAUUUGUUUUUGCUCGAGACGUUGCAGGCAUAUGCGAUCUAUUCUAAGGUUGCACAGAGUGCGAGAGGCCAUUUCUUUCUCCUCCUGACAAAAGAACUACUACACAUUACUGCACAUCAGUACAUGGCUACAUGCAUCGAAGAUGAUAUGCCUUCUCUGUGAAUCCUCUUUACAGAAGCAGACAAAGACAAAGCCAUGAUCAUGAACGGUUUUAGCAUAUUCGUUUCCACUCACUUGUCGCCUCCUUUGUUGUUCAUUGCAUCAUAUCUCUCUCUCUUUCUAUCCUAUGCCUUUGUUCUCAUCAUCAGAGUCACACCCACCGCGAAAUGAGCAUGUAAUUAUCUAAUCAGGAACAUCCAUGCGUAGCCGUGUUGUUAAAUCCACCUAGAAAGGCUAGAACUAAGGCUCCGAUUGGAGUUUGGAGACAGACUCCUGUCACGUCGAAUGUUUAGAUACUAAUUAGAAAUUAAAUAUAAGUUAAUUACAAAAUCAAUUGUAUAAAUGAAGGCUAAUUCGC